AUGGCUGCAGCAGCUUUGCAGAGAGGCCUGUGUUUCAGAUCUGACCCGGGAAUGGCUGGCGGAAUGGAGAAUCGCUCCAGGAAAAGGCAAGUUCUGUCUUUCUUUCUAUGUUUGUGUGUGUCCCUGGGGGCGUGUGAGACGAUCCGCUAUUCUGUGCCUGAAGAGAAGAAAAGCGGGUCACUAGUUGCUAAUAUUGCAAAGGAUUUGAAACUGGAUAUAGAGAAAUUGUCUGGUCGCAGUGCCCGGCUGAGUUCUAAAAGCACCAAGCAAUAUUUUGAGCUGAACACAAGCUCUGGGGAUGUGAUAAUAAAGGAGAAAAUAGACCGUGAAGAUCUGUGCGGACAGAGAGAUCCGUGUUUGCUGCAAUUCGAAUUUGUGUUGGAAAAUCCACUGCAGCUGUACAGAAUGGAGGUGCAGAUAGAUGAUGUGAAUGACAAUAACCCUAAAUUCUCUAAAAAUGAAUUUAUUUUUAAAAUGCCGGAACAGAUCCCCAUAAACACCCGCUUCCCCUUGGAAAGGGCCCAAGAUUCAGACAUAGGAACAAACGGGGUUCAGAGUUAUGCAAUCAGCUCCAAUGAGCACUUCAGUCUGGAUGUGCAUUCCCGGGGGGACGGCAAUAAAUACGCGGAGCUGGUAUUAGAAAAACAAUUAGAUCGGGAGGAGCAGGCGCAGUUGAUGCUGAUUCUCACAGCUGCCGAUGGGGGCCUGCCACAGAGAACCGGCACAGCGCAAAUACGCGUUAAUGUGCUGGACAACAACGAUAACUUCCCACAGUUUAGUCAGUCGGUGUACAAGGUGCAGUUAAUGGAAAAUAGUCCGAGGGACACUUUGGUCACUAAGGUUGAAGCCAGUGAUUUGGAUCAAGGUUCAAAUGCAGAAAUCACCUAUUCAUUCGGGCAGGUACCUGACAAAGUCCUCGAGUUAUUUCAGCUAAAUCAGUUCACUGGCGAAAUCACUGUUUUGGGGAUAAUUGAUUUUGAAGACGCAGCAAUGUAUGAAAUAGAAAUUCAGGCCACCGAUGGUGGCGGUUUAUCUGCGCACUGCAAAGUCCUGGUGCAGAUCGAGGACAUGAAUGACAACACCCCGGAAGUGACGCUGACAUCCCUCACCGGCACCAUACCCGAGGACUCCUCCCCUGAGACAGUGGUGGCCCUGUUCAGUGUGAGAGACCGAGACUCCGGGGACAAUGGCAGAACGCUCUGCUCCAUUCAGGACAAUGUCCCUUUUGCUUUGAAAUCGACUCUGAAGGAUUAUUACGAGCUUGUUACACAAAAGCCCCUCGACCGAGAGAAAGUGCCUGAGUAUAACAUAACCAUCACAGCCACAGACCGGGGGACUCCGAGGCUCACCUCAGUGAGGAUCAUCCGAGUACAGCUAUCGGAUAUUAAUGACAACCCCCCUGUAUUUAAUGAAAGUUCAUACGUCAUGUACCUUAAGGAGAACAACCACCCGGGCCUGUUGAUUGGAACUGUCCAUGCUGCUGACCUAGACACAGAGCAGAAUGCCAAAGUGACGUAUUCGGCAUUGCCUGGCAACAUCGGUGACCUCCCCUUCUCCUCCUCCAUCUCCAUAAACUCCGAGAACGGGAACGUGUAUGGUCUGCAGUCUCUGGAUUAUGAGCAAACGAGGGAUUUCCAGGUUACAGUGAGAGCUGCAGAUGGCGGGUCCCCUCCACUGAGCUCUGAAGUCAUUGUCCGGGUUGUGAUAAUUGAUGAAAAUGACAACGCCCCCUUCAUUUUAUACCCUCUGCAGAACAGCAGCUCCCCAGCUAAUGACCUGGUUCCUAGAUCGGCGGAGGCGGGUUACCUGGUGACGAAGGUGGUGGCUGUGGAUGGAGAUUCCGGUCAGAAUUCUUGGCUUUCCUACCAGCUGCUCAAGGCCACAGACCCAAGUCUUUUCGCUGUGGGGCUCCAAACCGGGGAAAUAAAAACCAGCAGGCUUAUAAUGAGCCCAGACUCUGUUAAACAGAAACUUAUUGUCCUGGUUAGAGACAACGGAGAGCCGCCCAGAUCCACCACCUCGACGCUUAAUGUGCUUCUGGUGGAUGGGUUUUCAGACGCCUACAUGCAGUUUCUGGAUGUACCAGGAGAGGAGGAACAGCAGGACACGUUAACCCUGUAUCUAGUCAUUUCCUUGUCUUUCAUUUCAUUCCUUUUUCUGGUUUCUGUGGUAACGAUUAUCGCCAUCCGGCUAUACAAGACAAGGCAGUGCCGAGAGCAGUAUAUUUCAUCGUCCAGGAACUUUUAUUGUGACUCCAACUUCCCCACAAAUCCUGCGGAGACGAGCGGCACUGGGAUUCUGCCUCAAUCUUAUUGUUAUGAAGUUUGCUUGACAACUGGGUCUGGCACCAGCGAAUUUAAAUUUCUCAGGCCGCUGGUACCGUCUCUACCCGCUGACCCCAUCGCUGCAGGAGGGUCCAUACUUGACUCUCAGAUUAACUCUCAGCUAAAAGGGGAGAAAGAAUCGAUGAGAGAGAACAGCACUUCUCCAUUUAAUCACCUGGUUCGCAGUGCAAGGAAAGCUGGUUACCUUGUGCCCAAGGUGGUGACUGUAAACGAAGACUCUGGUCAGAAUUCUUGUCUUUCCUACCAAUUGCUAAAGAUCACUGAUAUAGGUCUCUUCACUGUCGGACUGAAAAUGGUGAAGAAAAAUCACACUGAGCCACGAGGUGGCGAUAUUGGCAAAGAUGGUGCUGAAAACCAGCAACAUUCAGUGAAAGCUGCACUCGGACAUCUGAAUCCAAACGGCAACGGGUCUCCGCCGGGAACAGGAAUGGCUGCAGCAGCUUUGCAGAGAGGCCUGUGUUUCAGAUCUGACCCGGGAAUGGCUGGCGGAAUGGAGAAUCGCUCCAGGAAAAGGCAAGUUCUGUCUUUCUGUCUAUGUCUGUGUGUGUCCCUGGGGGCGUGUGAGACGAUCCGCUAUUCUGUGCCUGAAGAGAAGAAAAGCGGGUCACUAGUUGCUAAUAUUGCAAAGGAUUUGAAACUGGAUGUAGGGAAAUUGUCUGGUCGCAGUGCCCGGCUGACUUCUAAAAGCACAAAGCAAUAUUUUGAGUUGAACACAGGCUCCGGGGAUGUGAUAAUAAAGGAGAAAAUAGACCGCGAGGAUCUGUGCGAACAGAGAGAUCCGUGUUUGCUGCAAUUCGAAAUUGUUUUGGAAAAUCCACUGCAGCUGUACAGAAUGGAGGUGCAGAUAGAUGAUGUGAAUGACAAUAACCCUAAAUUCUCUAAAAAUGAAUUUAUUUUAAAAAUGCCGGAACAGAUCCCCAUAAACACCCGCUUCCCCUUGGAAAGGGCCCAAGAUUCAGACAUAGGAACAAACGGCGUCCAGCGUUACGCAAUCAGCUCUAAUGAGCACUUCAGUCUGGAUAUACAUUCGCCGGGGGACAGCAGUAAAUACGCGGAGCUGGUAUUAGAGAAACAAUUAGAUCGGGAGGAGCAGGCGGAGUUGAUGCUGAUUCUCACAGCUGCCGAUGGGGGCCUGCCACAGAGAACCGGCACAGCCCAAAUACGCGUUAAUGUGCUGGACAGCAACGAUAACUUCCCGCAGUUUAGUCAGUCGGUGUACAACGUGCAGUUAAUGGAAAAUAGUCCGCGAGACUCUUUGGUCACUGAGGUUGAAGCCAGUGAUUUGGAUCAAGGUUCAAAUGCAGAAAUCACCUAUUCAUUCAGGCAGGUGCCUGACAAAGUCCUCAAGUUAUUUCAGCUAAAUCCGUCCACUGGCGAAAUCACUGUUUUGGGGAUAAUUGAUUUUGAAGACGCAGCAAUGUAUGAAAUAGAAGUUCAGGCCACCGAUGGCGGCGGUUUAUCUGGGCACUGCAAAGUCCUGGUGCAUAUCGAGGACAUGAAUGACAACGCUCCGGAAGUAACGCUGACAUCCCUCACCGGCACCAUACCCGAGGACUCCUCCCCUGAGACAGUGGUGGCCCUGUUCAGUGUGAGAGACCGAGACUCCGGGGACAAUGGCAGAACGCUCUGCUCCAUUCAGGACAAUGUCCCUUUUGCUUUGAAAUCGACUGUGAAGGAUUAUUACGAGCUUGUUACACAAAAGCCCCUGGACCGAGAGAAAGUGCCUGAGUAUAACAUAACCAUCACAGCCACAGACCGUGGGACUCCGAGGCUCACCUCAGUGAGGAUCGUCCGAGUUCAGCUAUCGGAUAUUAAUGACAACCCCCCUGUAUUUAAUGAAAGUUCUUACGUCAUGUACCUGAAGGAGAACAACCACCCCGGCCUCCUGAUUGGAACUGUCCAUGCUGCUGACCUAGACACAGAGCAGAAUGCCAAAGUGACGUAUUCGGCAUUGCCUGGCAACAUCGGUGACCUCCCCUUCUCCUCCUCCAUCUCCAUAAACUCCGAAAACGGGAACGUGUACGCUCUGCAGUCUCUGGAUUAUGAGCAAACGAUGAAUUUCCAGGUUACAGUGAGAGCUGCAGAUGGCGGGUCCCCUCCACUGAGCUCUGAAGUCAUUGUCCGCGUUGUGAUAAUUGAUGAAAAUGACAACGCCCCCUUCAUUUUAUACCCUCUGCAGAACAGCAGCUCCCCAGCUAAUGACCUGGUUCCUAGAUCGGCGGAGGCGGGUUACCUGGUGACGAAGGUGGUGGCUGUGGAUGGAGAUUCCGGUCAGAAUUCUUGGCUUUCCUACCAGCUGCUCAAGGCCACAGACCCAAGUCUCUUCACUGUGGGGCUCCAAACCGGGGAAGUAAAAACCAGCAGGCCUGUAACGAGCCCAGACUCUGUUAAACAGAAACUUAUUGUCCUGGUUAGAGACAACGGAGAGCCGCCCAGAUCCACCACCUCGACGCUUAAUGUGCUUCUGGUGGAUGGGUUUUCAGACGCCUACAUGCAGUUACUGGAUGUACCAGAAGCGGAGGAGCAGCAGGACACAUUAACCCUGUAUCUAGUCAUUUCUUUGUCUUUCAUUUCAUUCCUUUUUCUGGUUUCUGUGGUAACGAUUGUCGCCAUCCGGCUGUACAAGACAAGUCAGUGCAGAGAGCAGUAUGUUUCAUCGUCCAAGAACUUUUACUGUGACCCCAACUUCCCCACAAAUCCCGCGGAUACGAGCGGCACUGGGACUCUGCCUCAAUCUUAUUGUUAUGAGGUUUGCUUGACAACUGGGUCUGGCACCAGCGAAUUUAAAUUUCUCAGGCCGCUGGUACCGUCUCUACCCGCUGACCCCAGCGUUGCAGGAGGGUCCGUUUUUGACUCUCAGAUUAACUCUCAGCUAAAGGAGGAGAAAGAAUCGGUGAGAGAGCUGAGCCACAAGGUGGCGAUAUUAGCAAAGACGGUGCUGAAAAUGCAGCUUUUUGGACUCCGUCGACACACAGUGGAAGCUGCACUCAGACAUCUGAAUCCAGACGGCAACGGGUCUGCGCCGGGAACGGGUGACAAAGGAUUACAGGGAAAGGGCGGCUGA